AUGGCUGUUAAUAAAACCGUCAUAGGAGACAAUUUUGGAGGAACCAUGAUGGAUAUUGAUAACGUUGAUUUAACUCUUGGUGCAACUCAUAAAAAAGUCGAGUGGCGAUUAAACAAUUUACUAAAUGACCCUGACAUACUGAAUAGCACGGCUCCCUCAGCCAACAACAACGACGAAGGCCAGGAUACUUACAGUGGCCAAUCACACACUUCCUCAACCUCUAACACUCAAACCAUUCAGUUCAAGAUUAAAAGUAUUGAGAAGUAUGACGAUGACAUCUUUGACAUUGAAGCAGAUUCUCCUAUUACCAUAAACGGGACACAAAUUACUUUCAUGGACAUUUUGGGAAGAAAAGUUAUUUCUUCGGCAAAUUCUUCCUCAACUUCCUCUUCUCCUGACAAUCCUCCAUCUCCAACGUUUUUUCCUGAAGUCGGACAAGAAAACCAAGAACUAAAUCAAGAAGAAAAUAAGAUGGUUUUGUUGUCAGAAGAACUUUUAAAAAUCAUUGAAGAUAAUAACCAGAUUUGUCAAGAAGCCCAGAACUUUGGGAUAAAAUUGCCAGAAAUCCCAAGUGAUGCUUUAAACUACUUUCAAGAAGAAUUUUUCGCCUUCUUAGAUGAAAAUCAACCACUCAAUAGUCCCCAUAAUAGCCAAAUUAAUACAAAAAACGAAAAUAUUAGGAAAAAGAAGUUGAAUAUUAAGGAGAAUAUUUAUGGGAUUUACAAUAAUAAUAAAAAGAAGUUAACUGAGAAAAAAACUGGUCAAACAACUUCUCCGAAAAGCGAAUUAGAAAAAUUGAAAGAAGAAGCCAAAGAGAGAAUAAACAAAAUUUUAACUGACAAAGAUAAUUUGCGAAACAUUAACUUAACUAUUCUGGCUGAGGGGAAAUAUCAGAACUGGGAAAAAGGCAUUGAAGGAUUAGCCUCUGAGAAAGAAGUGCUUGCUUAUGUGGAAGCCUUUUUAAGUGCUUUAAAAGAAACGGGAGCAGAGGAAAAAGAAAAGGACAAAAAUAAUAAGACUGGUUCAAAUGAUAAUUCACAAAACUCGCCAGAAAAUAAUCUUAUCAAUGAUAGCACAAGGAGAGCAAUUAAUAAUUUGCCCUUGCCAGCGGCCAAAAAUUUCGCUAAGAAAAAAAUUAGAGAGUUAUUUAAAAAAUAUAAGCCUGAUUUAGAGAAGAUAAAAGAACGUUUAGAACCGCGAGGAAUAAGCAAAAAACAAUUAUUAACCAUUAAAGAAAAAUUAAUCAGGCAAAAAGAAUUAAUUAAAAUAAUUAAUGAGCUGCGACAAAAAAGAAAUCAAUUAAGCCAAGAAGGACUAAAAAAUGCGGAAAAAGUCAAAAAAAUCAAAGAAGAAAUUGCUUUAUCCGAAAAAGAAUUAAAGGAAUUAGAAACGGAAUUAAGCAAUCUCACCAGUCAACUUCCUAAUCUUCCGGCUCCUGAUACCCCUACUAAUGAAGAAGGUAACAAAUUAAUUGAUAGAACUGAAUAUCAACAUACUAUUCAACAUAAUUUAACCCACGAAGAAAUAUUAAAAAAAUUGGCUUUAAUUGACGAGGAGAAAAGUAUUCUGCUUUCUGGUAGUAAGUUUGCUGUUUAUCAAGGAUUAGGAAGUGAAUUACUACACACUCUUAUUAAUUUCAUGCGGUCCGAAAAUAGUAAACGUGGUUAUCGUUUAUUUGAUACUCCUUAUUUAGUAAAUGCUCAUAACCUCUACAAUACUGGGCAAUUUCACAAAUUUCAAGAUAAUCUUUACAAGUUAGAAGAGAGUAAUUUUUAUUUGCUUCCCACGGCUGAGGUCAGUUUAGUUAAUCUUUACCAAAAUCAAAUAUUAACCGAGGAAGAUUUACCCUUGAAUUUAUGUGCUUAUAGUCCCUGUUUUCGAGCAGAAAGAAUGGCGGCUGGUCAAGAGAAUAAAGGCUUAAUCCGUUUACACCAAUUUCAUAAAGUUGAAUUAGUAAAAAUAGUUAAACCAAAAAAUUCUUAUCAAGAAUUAGAGAAAUUAGUUGCUGAUGCUCGGCAUUUUUUGCAUUUACUAAAAAUCCCGCACCGAGUAAUUGAACUUUGCCAUGAGGAAUUAGGAUUUACGGCAGCCAAAACUUACGAUAUUGAAGUUUGA